AUGGAUCAUACAGUGCUCCUUCGCAGCGAUGGCCGUGCAGUUGCUUGCGGAUAUGUUUAUUACAAUCAAUCCAAUAUUCCAGCUUUGGACACUGGCGUGACAUAUGCACAAGUUUCCGCAGGUAAUUCUUAUACAGUGCUCCUUCGAAGUGAUGGGCACGUGGUUACUUGUGGAAGCAAUGCUUACGGGCAAUGCAGCAUUCCUGCGUUGGGUGAAGGUUUGUUGUACACGCAGGUUUCUGCCGGUGCAAACCAUGUGGUUCUGCUGCGAAGUGAUGGACAUGCUGUUGCUUGCGGGCGCAAUGAUAAGGGACAAUGUAACGUUCCCGAACUCGAGACAGGUGUGUCGUACACACAGGUUUCUGCUGGUGGUUCUCAUACAGUCUUUCUCCGAAGUGAUGGACGUGCUGUUGCAUGUGGCAGCAAUUCUGCGGGGCAAUGCACAGUGCCAGCUUUGGAGCAGGGCGUCUCAUACAUCCAGGUUUCCGCGGGUACUGAGCAUACAGUCCUUCUUCGAAGCGAUGGGCGUGUUGUGGCUUUUGGACAAUCCAGGUACGGACAAUGUAGCGUUCCACCGCUGAAGUGCUGGAGUGACUUGUUCAGCUGUCGAUCUCGGAGGGUGGACUACAUUUCUGAUUUGAGAGCAUCUGCUCCUCCGUCCUAA